CAAAGGUUGCUAUGCCAAUCUGCAGAGAGGUUUCACUCAUCUGGGAAGAGAAUGGCUGGUCACAUUACAUUAUUUGUGGUUUUAUCGCUUUUUUCACAACAAAGUGAACCAUGCGGAAUUUCAGCACAUAUAGAGAUAGCUCACCGAGCUCUGGAGUAUUUCAACCAUACAGGUGGAAAAGUAAAUUACAGAGAGCUGUUGCAGAAGCAUCCAGAUGCGUUCCAGGCUGGGAGUGUUUAUCCGGACGCGUUCUAUCAAGGCAUCUGCAUGCAAGGAAGAUACCAUGAUGUAUCAGAAGAUUCACAUUGGACACCCUUUUUGAAGACCAGUGUUGAUUACAUCAGAAGAACCUAUCCACUGCCAUGGAAUGAGGGAGCUCAGAAGCUGGCAGCUUUUGUGUUUGGUAUAGCUUCCCAUAUGGUGGCCGAUGUGAGUUGGCACAGCCUAGGCAUUGACCAAGGAUUCCUAAGAGCCAUGGGGGAAAUUGAUUUUCAUGGCUCAUAUUCAGAAGCUCAUCAGGCUGGUGAUUUUGGGAGCGAUGUGCUGAGUCAGUAUGAACUGGACUUUCAUUAUUUAGAGCCAAAAUGGUAUAUACCAGUGAAGGACCUUGCUAACAUAUAUGAGGAGUACUAUAAUGGUACAGUCAUAGAAGAGAAUGUAAUUAUUGACUGCACUUAUAUUCUCUUUCUUCAGCUGUAUGGUGAACAUAUAGCUGUCUCACUGCUUUACCCCACUUAUGCUAGAAAAUCCCCCUUCCUGGUGGAGAGAUUCCAUGAAUAUUUUCUCGGUGGUGUUGAUGACAUGGCAUUUUGGUCAACAACUAUAUUUCAGUUAACAAGCUUCAUGCUGGAAAAUGGCACCAGUGAUUGCUACAUGCCUGAAAAUCCUAUCUUCCUACAGUGCAAUAAACAGAAAAGAGGCAUCAAUGUUCCAGGAAAAAUAAGCUUGAAGACAAAUGAAUUCUACAGAGACUUUAAUAUAUCUAUCAUGAGGUCAGUUGGAGCAGAUAUAAUCUCAUCCGAGUCUGGAGUUUACUUCCAAGUGAACAAAUGGGCAGAGAAGUCCAUGCAGCUGAUAGCUAAUGCCACUCGAGCUGUGACUAUGAAGAAAAUGUUUAUUUCACAGAACUCAGACCACAUUCGUAAUCCUUCGGCCACCUACUUUGUGAGGUCACCAUAUUCCAGACUUGGAUGGGCGAUCACCACAGCUGAUCUGAACCACGACGGAUGGGAUGAUUUGAUUGUGGGAGCCCCAGGUUCCAGCACUUUGGGCCAUGUUCAAGUGGGCUGUGUGUACAUUGUCUACAGUAAAGAUUCAGGCCUACCAUCUGGCAACAUGGACUUAGACAGUGAUGCUGAUGUCACGUUGAGAGGCUUUGAGCCCUCUGGCAGAUUCGGCUCUGCGGUAGCAGUGUUAGACUUCAAUGCUGAUGGACAACUAGAUCUGGCUGUGGGAGCUCCAUCUGUAGGGUCCAGUCAACUUAUAUAUACAGGUGCGGUAUAUGUGUAUUAUGGAGCAAAGGGACAAAGUUUCUCCUCUGAACCAAAUGUCACCAUACAAUGCAUGUACACAUAUUGUAAUUUGGGAUGGACCCUGCUGGCUGCUGAUGUGAAUGGAGACAAUAGGAAGGACCUUGUAAUUGGCUCUCCAUAUGCUCCAGGUGGAGGAAAACAGAGGGGAUUGGUGGUUGCAUUUUUCUCAAGUAGUAGAAGAGCUGCAAAAGGCACUUUAUCUGUAGAAGAGACCGAAUGGAGUAUAACUGGAGAAAAGGAUUAUGCCUGGUUUGGUUACUCACUUCAUAGUUAUAAACAGAAGUCUAAAACAUUACUAGUGAUUGGGAGUCCCACUUGGAGCCCUUGCAAACGAGAUGGUUGUGAAGAAUCACAGAGCAUAGGGAAAGUAUAUGGAAUCUACCCAUCAAGUAAAAACAUAUCAUUCAUCAUAUAUGGACAUGCAGAACAGAGCAAGAUGGGCUCAUCAUUUGCAAGUGGGACAAUAGCUGUGAAUGGAGAGAGAAAACGAGUGCUGCUCAUAGGUGCACCCACACAGAGCACAGUGUCCAGAGUUGUGUUUCUAUCAAGGAUUUUGGCCCAUGCCGGCACAGCCACAGUCUAUGAACUGAAAGGGAAGACUGAUCCAUCACCACUCUCCACCUUCAAGGGAGACAGUGCGUUUUCUCGCUUUGGUACAAGUCUACAUCUAAGUGACCUGGAUGAUGAUGGACUUGAUGAAAUGAUUGUGAGCUCACCUAUGAGGAGGGAUGACAUUACACCACUGCUGUAUGGCUCUCAGACUGGCCAGGUCUACAUCUACAAUGGAAAUACCACUUCUACAGGCUUAAUAACAGGAAGAUGCAAGUCCUGGUUUUCACCAUGUCCUGGCGAUUGGGCACAGUACAUACUGAUUUCUCCUGAAGAAAAAGCAAAGUUUGGAAGUGCUGUGAUCACAGUCAAGUCAAAGGAAAGGAAACAAGUUGUUGUAGCAGCUGUAAGAAGUUCAAUGAAAGCAAGGCUGGCCGGCAGCCUAUAUAUUUACAAUCUAGACUGAGUAUACCUAAAGUGUAUAAUGUAUAUACUGUACAUCUGCAGGAUGUAUAAUGUAAAUACUGUACAACUACAGGACUCAACUAACACAGAUAAUGGACAAAAAACAGGAAUUCAGACAAGCUCUACCCAGCCAACUUGACGGCAGGUUGGAAUGAUCAUCUAUAGAUAUAUGGCCAGUUUAAGACAUGGAAGACUGCUUCAAAAAAUGCUAUUAAGAAUUGUGAAGCUAUUCAUGCAUGUACAUUUAAAUAAAGAAUCAAACUGUAUAUCCAAAUGUGGUUCCACAUACUACAUCUAGUGCAGGUCAAUCAUGAUAAAACAGUGACCGUGCAGUCUAUCUGCAGAACAUCCGUUCUGCUGUAUCUGUCUCUAAUUUCAUUAAACCAUUGUGACUAAA